UAAAAGCAAAUUUUUUUUUAAGUAUCCCGCGUCUUCUUCACUGUGUACACCCCACCAUUUCUUUAUCUUCUUCUACUUCAUUCCGCCAGCGACCCAAAGGAAAUUUUUAUACGAUACAGACUUCAUGCGCAGGGAUGCGUUAGAGGGGUCCAAACCUUUGAUAGCUUUGAGGUUUUUUGACAACCAAAAUCGACAAAUUGUUUGUGCCCCUGUAUGUAGUAACAGUGUAUUAUCAGCUUUCUUUGUCAAAUAGAAACAUCAAAGCUGAAAGUUGGUUCUGGUUCUAUCAGCUAUACUGAAGGACUCUGAUUAUAAUGAAGUAGAUAGAGCUGAGUGCCAAUUUUCUACAACUUCAACUGUACUUGACAAUGGAUCACAGAGUACUCCCUUUCAUCCACCAAAGAACACCAUAAAUGGUUUCUUCGAAUCCAUUGAAAGCCUCUGGAAUGAACUGUGGAAGGAUUUGAAAGAUUUCAUUACUGGACAAACUUGCAGGAUGAGAUCAUUUUUGUACGUCAUGCUGUCGGUUACUUUGUUGAGUGGCGACCUCAUCUGAUCAUUCCAUACGAUUCAAAUUUGCUACCUAAGAAGACAAAGAAGCAAAAAAGAAAUAGUUCACCAAUACCUAAUGCCCCAAUGACACAAGACAAGUCUCAUCCUUCCCAAAGACUUCCUAGUCAAAAUGAAGUAGUGUCAAGUAAAGCUAGUGCCCCGAUACUCUUCAAGAUUCCUAGUGGGGUUCCUCACUCUCUCAAGUGUUUAUUAACUACUGUGAAGUAUGUGGAGCCAAGUUUCAUGGUCAAAGUUCCGAUGGAUUUUGAGAUAUUAGGUCAUGAGAAUGAUUUAUAUAUCUCACAAGAAGAUACCGUCCACUUUGGCUUAAUAGAGAAGAUUGGAGCAUCAUGUAUAUCGUUAUAUAUCAGGAUUUUAUACUUCCAAUUAGUGAAAAGAGAGAUCAGUCACUUUUUUCGUUUUGUUGAGCCAAUUUGGUUAUCAAAUGUUGGAUCUACUGAAGAAGAACGAGUUGAAUGGAUAUCAAAGCGUAUGAUUGAUUCAAAUCCAGGUCAAAUGUGGUUGUUGCCAUAUCAUAAGGGAAAUCAUUGGAUGCUUAAAAUAAUGGAUUUUGAUCACCAAUUGUGCUAUUUCCUGGAUUCUCUUGACAAUUUUCCACCAGAUGAAAUCAAAUCUCUCAUUUCUCGUGUUUUUCAACAUUUGCGCACAAAUAAUGCGAAAACUAAGGAAGUCGCAUGGAGAACUGUUAAGUGUCCUCGUCAACCAUCAAAAUCAGUACAAUGUGGAUUCUAUGUUAUGAGGAUGAUAAAAGACUUCGUGACAAAUGAGUUUUCAAUGCGAUGGCUAACUAGUAAAUGUGGCGGGAAGAAUUCUUACACAAAGGAUGAGAUCAAUGAAGUACGUGAAGAAUGGGCACAAUGCGUUAUGGAUUUGAUGAGUACUACAUAAGUCUACUCACUUUUGUUAACUAAGACUUUUAAAGAGAUAUACUUAGAAUAACUUAGACUUUCUUAGAGAUACACACACUUUUAUUGUCUAACUAUAGUUUACACUUUUGUUGCUUAUAUGAGUAAUUUUGUAAUUAACUUAAGACUCAUCAUUAUUUUGGAUAUUUAAUUCAAAUUCUAGUAUUUUAUAUUA